AUGUCGGAGCCGCCCGGGCCCGGCCAGGAUGGAGAAGGCGAGGAAGACCUAGACGAUGGCGAGUUCCCGUUUCUGAAAGCCGACCACCCGGCCUACAAGCGGCUGCAAGAAGCCUGGCGAAAGCAGCUGACAGGCCACAAUGAUCGGGUGACCCUCCAGCUCCGAGAGAAGCAGGAGGAGCUUAAAAAGCUGGUCAAGCACCGGGAGGACAUAGGUGUGACGCUCUACGGGGCGCAGCAGCAGCUCGCGAAGCUGCAGCUGCAACUCGAGCAGCUCCACGACAAGUACGCCAUGGUGCAGGGCCAGCGAUUAGAGGACGAGGAGCAACUGAAGAAGGUCACCGGCGACUGGGACGGCAAGAAGCUGGAGGUCGAGGAGGCCACCCGACGCCUCGCCAAGUCCCAGGACGAGCUGAAUCAGCUCAACAUCACUGUGCGCCAGGUGAAGGAGUACAAUGAGCAGAUGAAGGCGGAGAUCCAGGUGACACGGCGCGCCACCUACAAGGCAGAGGACCACAUCAAGCAGAUGGAGGAGGUGAAGACCAAGCAGGACCUCCUCAUCGACACGAUGAACGAAGACAUCAAGCGGCUCACGGAGCGCAAGGCGCUGUUGGACGCCCAGAUCUCUGCGCAGAAGCAGGAGACGGAGGCGGCCAUGGCCACACUGCGAGAGGCGAGCCGGGAGAUGGAGGCCAUCGAGUUCGAGAAGAAGCAGCUGAUGAUGCAAUGGAGGUCCUCGCUGGUGGGCAUGCAGCGGAGGGACGAGGCCCUGGAGAACGUGCAGAAGGCCCUAGAGGAGCAGAGCGAGGCGGAGCUCGCCAUCGAGAACGAGAUCCGCGGCCUGCACUCUUCCAUCCGCACCGAGCAGGAGCGGCAUGAGCAGCUGUGCGCCCUGAGGGACCGCAACGAGAAGGAGAUGCAGACUCUGCAGACGCAGAUGACGAAUCUGAAGCAGGAGCGAGAGAAACUCAUGGCCCAGUACACUACGCUCAACAAGAGCAUGGACGAGCACUCCGCAGAGACGCAGCGCCUGAAGGGCGCCAUCACCGAUCAGACCCGGCAGAUGGAGGUCCUGGAGCGGAACAUGCAGCAGGUCUCUCGGGACAUCACAGUGAUCGUGGGCAAGAUCGAGGAGGAGAUGAGCGAGCAGACGACGUGCGACCGGGUGGCUGCCAAUAGCCGAAAACGAAUGAAAAAGAUUCGGGAAGAGAUCGCGGCAAAGGAGGUGGAGACGCAGAACCUUCUCAACGAGAUCGCCCGUGUCACGGUGGACAGCCUCAACACCAAGGCGCACAAUCAGAUGCUCAAGGAUCGCCACAAGCAGCUCAGCGAUGAGCUGGCGGAGCGCGAGAAGCUCAUCGAGCAGUACGAACAAGAGAUUCGGAAGAGACACCACCAAAUUGAGAAGAAGCAGCUCUUUGUCGACCGCCUGAACAGAGAGUACGAUGAGAAGAGGACGAAGCUGGAGGCGGAGAUCGGCAACGACGAGGACGUGGCCGGGCCGCAGGAGGCCAAGCUGAAGCACAUGCGGAAGGCCAUUGCGGAGCUGACGAAGGAGUGCUCCGACAUGCAAAAGGACUGGAUCCAGAAGCAGACGCAGCUUUUGUCCGUGUCUAGUGACACGGACAAGCUGAAGGGGAUGCUCAACGAGAACAAGAAUAAGAAGAUGGUCUUGGAGCAGAAGAAGCUCCGGAUCGAGGGCCAGCUGACGGGCCAUGAGAAGGAGAUCCGGGAGCUGGAGAAUAACAUGAAGCACCUCCGCUUCGACAUGGACCGCAUGAACGGCGCCGUGGUGAAGCACGAGGCACGGUCGGACGAGAUCUCCAACUCCAACGCCAUGAUGGAGACGGAGUUCGUCCAGAAGCUCAAGGAGAUCGAGACAAAGUGCUUGGACAUGGAGCGGGAUGUAGACAGGGUGAGGAUGGACAAGGACCAGAUGAACCAGGACAUCCUGGAGUCUGAGCGCCAGGUUCUCCUUUGGGAGCGAAAGAUCACCCUCGAGAAGGAGAUGCAAGCGGCUUUGGAUCCCAACGUGGGUCAGGCCGACGCCUCGGCCAUGAAGAAGGAGAUCCACCGCAUGGAGUUGCGGCUGGAGCAGCUGAAGCGCCGCCAGGAGCAGAUGAUCGUGGAGAUGGAGCGGGCCAUCCUCAAGCGCGAUGCCAUCGCGCUGAAGCUGGAGCCCAAGGCCAAGAAAACCAAGCAGGCCGCGAACACGGCGAACGUGAAGCGGCAACUGCAGUCGCUCCGGAAUAACCUGAAGCUCUGCACCCAGGCCAACGGCGACGCGGAGCAGAAGAUCGUGGAGAGGCAGCGAGAUCUGCAGGAGCUGCAGCAGACCAUCGAGCAGACGGCCCAGGAGUAUGGCGCCCUGGAGCGGGCAAACGAGGGCCUGCGGGGCGAGGUGCAGGUUGGCCAUAUUCAGAAGCAGCAGAACCUCGCCACCAUCCUGAAGCUGCAGCGCGCAGCAAAGCGCAUGGACGAGCUGUCCAUGGGCACCGGGCCGCCGCCGCCGGGGAACAUCCGGCAGCAGCAGGAGGAGCAGUCCCAGCUGAGAGCCAAGACGGAGGAGAUUGUGAGGAGAGCCAACUACGUCUUCGGCAGAUCCUCGGGUGUGUACAGCUGCCUCGGCUGCAGUUCGAAGGCAGUUCCAGAGGUGGGCGCAUCCAAGCUCCGCAGGAGGAGGAGCAAGGGGGCGGCGGAGUUGGCCCCGAUUGAGGCGCAGGCGCAGGCUGCACGAGGGGUGCCCGCAGGCGCAGAAGCCACUCUUGUAGCAGCCGACGAGGCUCUGGACAUCUUCGUGCACCGGGAUGGCGGAGCAUGGGUCAUCACGUCCCUGUCGCCGGCGCGGCGCCUCGAGCUGAGGGCACCACGUUCAGAUGGCCUGCCACCAGCAGGCUUCGACGGCGUCAUUUGGCGCUUGGAUGACAAGGUGCUCGAGAUGAGCGGGAAGGAAGCUGGAGACGAUCCCGACGAGGAUGAGGAUCGUGGCUUCGAGCAGUGCCAGGCGCGCACGGUGUCGCGGAGGUUGAAGAAGGUCAGCUCUGGCAUGCGGCGCCUGCGCAGCGUGACCGAGAAGCUUGAGGAGAAGCUCACUCGCUACAACGAGGAUAAGCUGGAGCUUGAGAAGCAGCAGCGGCGGCUGAGCAAGAGCCUGGAGGCGGUGGACAAGGAGCAGGCGCAGCUGCAGCGCGAGCGUUUGAAGCUGCUGGAUGACCAGGAGAAGCUCGCCGCUGAGCGGCUGCGCUUUGAGGAAGAGGUGAGGCAAACCACCUUGGACUUGGCGCAAAGCCGGCGAGCGCUCUCAGCAGGGCAGUUCACGGUUCUGCCGCCGCACGUCCUCUUCUUGGCAGCACAGGACGAGUUCGUGCGGGCAACACCGGAGCUUUGUGCGCAGGACGAGGCAGCAAUGGCUGCCAUGCGGGGCAAGCCGGAGGCGGCCUUCUUCAAUGCCUGCCAAGCCUUCUUGGCUGGCAAGGGUGCAGGCGCCGAUGCAUUGGUGACGGCACUACUGGCCUUCCAAUGCCUGGUGGAUGCCAAGGCUCCCAAAGCCGGGCAGAUGCUGGAGCAGCUGGCGGGCCUAUCACAGGCGGUGGCGCGCGCGGCCAACUCGGGUGGUCGUUUGCGGCUCUCCUUUGGGGCUGCCACCUGCACACUUUGGUGCAGCAUGCAGCUGUCUGAACAGCUGUCCCGGAGGUGGGAGGAGGUGAACGCGUCGGAGGCCAUGCAGGACUUGGCCAUCGAGGAGCAGGACUGGAGCCUGAUCGUCAAGCGCAUCAGGCACCUGUCUUCAGCUGGUUCAGCGCUCAAGCGACCGCUGCGGAGCCUGCCGGACUACUGGGACCACAGGCGGCGCUUCAUUCGGUGCUUGGCAAAGCCAGGCGGUGCCAGCGAGGAGGACCUCCGCUUGCUUUUCCUGCCGCGGGACGCCCAACCCGCGGAGCUGGCGGCACACCUGCGGCGGAUGAGGUGGGUUCGGCGUUGCUCAAGCGGUGGAAGCCUCCCGGUUGUGAAGGCCUUGUCGUUUGUUCAUCGUUGCACAUUCCGUUUGAGGUUCUAUUGA